AUGCUAUUACAUACCAAUCUAUUUCGACAGAGGAAAACAGAAUUGCGAGGUCACGUGGAGUUCAUAGAAGCAGCUUUAAAAAAUUUGGAAAGUUUUGGUUUGCAUAAGGAUCUCGAGACUUAUAAAGAACUUUUAAAUAUUUUUCCCAAAGGAAAGAUGGUGCCUCAAAAUAUCUUUCAGAGGAUAUUUUUGCAUUAUCCGAUGCAGCAGAUUUGUUGUGUUAAGCUUCUUGAUCAAAUGGAGUGGUUCGGAGUUCAGCCAGACAGAGAAUUGUAUGAUUUUGUCGUUAAUGCAUUCGGUGACUGGAAUUUUGCAACAAAAAAAAUUAAACGAAUGAUGUAUUGGAUGCCAAAAUUGAAAAAUACCAAUAAAUAUCUUGAUCGGCGUCACAUUGAAGGGAAAGAUUUAUCUCGCGUGCAGCUAGCAUUCAUCGCUCUCAAAAUGAUGGCUAGAGAUCCUGGGACAUCGAUUUCCUAUGUUAAAGUCAGUGGCGUAGAUGUCGAUGAAAAUGUUCGAUGGUUGAUCUCAGCACAAAGUGUUUCACAAAAAAGGCUUAUUGAGGAAAUCAAGCCUAAAACUACUAUUUAUAUUGAUGGACCGAAAUUAGUUUAUGUAAUGGAUCACCAGGUUGAAUAUGUGACAAUGACAAUGGAUCCUCGCUUGGAUUUUUUCGAUAAUUUUAGAAAAGAGUCUGACAAUAAUUUUGAAAAUUGGCAUAUGACUUGGGAAGCCAAUCGAUGGUCAAAAAGAGAAAGCACUAUUCAUGAACAAAAAGACGAAACAAUAUUAGGCCUUGCUGUUCUUGGUGUUGCAAAUCGAGCUUUUGCAACUGCGUGGAUUAAUCAUCUGCAAGAAGCGGCUUCUUUAAUAAAUGAUGCAAAUGUACUAUUUCGUAUUAAGGAAGGUUUAUCUUUAGUUAUCAAUCCGAGUAGUAGUAAUUGA